GAUGGAAGGCGAAUGUUGGUGUCAAUUUCAAGCGAAUCCUCAGUUUUCAAUAAUGUCAACGAAAAAGAAACGUGGCCCUCCGAAACAAACAACAACAAAAGAAGUGGUAAAGAAAAGAAGGUUAGCAGCAAACGCCAGAGAACGAAAAAGAAUGACUAGCUUAAAUGUAGCGUUUGAUAAAUUGCGAGAAGUUGUCCCAUCCAUAAGUUCGGAGAGGAAGCUGAGUAAAUAUGAAACGCUGCAAAUGGCUCAAAGUUAUAUUGCCGCAUUAGAGAAAUUACUACAAAAUGCGGACGGAAGUUCACCAUGA